AUGAUGGCAUGGAGGGACUGCAUUGCAAAUCACCUGACUGCUUUCUCCAGUCUUGAGGGAGGCCGUGACUUGCGAGCCCUGAGCGCGGUGAGCCAGUCCUGGUCUUGGCUUUCUUGUGGCUUUCUUCUGGCGACAGAUUGCAUUCGGCUUGCCAGUGCCCUGCAACUCAUCCGCGACCGAAGCACUGGGCUGGAUUUCCAUGCCGAGGGCCAAACAAAGACAAUGCACCCGCACCCGUACAGCUCAAUGUGCACGAGUUGCGGAUUGGGCAUCGCAAAUGGCACUCCGGUACCUCUGGGCCAGCAGUGCCGGGACUCAGUGCCGCUAGAAGGAGAUCCCCGGCUGGGCGCUCUGGCCAAGAAAGUUCCGUGCAAUGAGACAUUUCUCCGUGGGAAGAUCAUGUUUGGCAACUAA